AUGGCUACUCGCGGACAAGGUCGGUCACCUAUACGGAGAGAUUAUGAGGGUAACCCUUCGACAGAUAAUCACGCUGAACUUAUGUCGGCGAUGACUAACUUAGCUAACACGAUUCAAGCGGGCACUGCUAUGGCUACUGAUGCUUUGCAACAAACAAGGCAAUCAGUCGGGGGCGAAAAUGAAGAAGGUGCUGAGGACAACUUAGUUAGUGUUCCGAGAACUCUAGCUGCUUUUCUGAAAGCUGAUUCGCCAGUUUUCGAUGGAUUGAUAAAUUCUGCUGAAGCAGACAACUGGUUCAAAGCUGUGGAGGGUGCAUUACAAGCUCAACAAGUCCGGAGUAAUCAGUUCGUGGAAUAUAUGGAAGCUUUCUACAAAAAGCACUUGGAUGAAUCAUUAAGGGAGGCCAGAGAGUUGGAGCUCUUACAGUUGAAGCAAGAGUCCAUGACCAUAGCUGAAUACACCAGCAAGUUCGAGGAACUCUGUAGGUCCUCGAGAAUAAGUCAGGGUACUCCUGAGUCCUAUGAGGGAUGGAAAUGUGUCAAAUACAAAGUAGGGCUGAGGGAAGAUAUCAUGUGUGUUGUGGCUCCAUUGGAGAUUAGGAGAUUCUCUGAAUUGGUGGACAAGGCAACGAUUGUUGAAGAUUAUGCCAAGGAGGCGACUUUGGAGAGAAAUGUUCAUGGCGGUACCAGUGGUAAAGUUCGUGGGAAGUAUGUUCCAUCAAGAGGCCAAAAUUUCAAGAUGGGUAAACGUGCCCCUCAGCGUCUCCAAGGUCAAGGGCAUAUCGAGUAG